AGCACGAGAAAGAGAAGAGAAAGAGACGGAGACGACGACAGUAGCAAGCAGCUCAUGGCCGACCUUGGCUGCUUGUGCCGCCGCAGCCGACGCGGGUCCUGGCGUUGGUAGUGCAUUCGUUGUGCAGCGGCAGCGGGUAGUUCCGUCAAGCGAGUGGUUGUGCCCGUGCGUGCGAACCGCGAUUCCGUCCCGAGCCGAGGCCCGAGCCCCGCGUGCCAUGCGUCGCGAACCAGUGCUGGUGUUUGUGGCUCAGAGGUGAAAGGGUGCGGAGGUUGUGGGAACGAGACCAGUGAGUGAACACACCGCAGCGCCAUGGAAGUGAGCUUGGAGCGAGAGUGCUCGGCGCUCGGUGGCCUGUUCCACCAGAUCAUCAUGGACAUGAAGAACGGGACGCCGCUCUGGGAGGACCUAGUCGCCAAGGCCACCAAGCUGCACACGUGCCUCAGGGCGACGCUGCAGGCCAUCGCCGCCUACCUGGACGCCUUCCAAAAGAUCGCCGACGCUGCGACCAACGCGAGAGGCGCCACCAAGGAAAUCGGAACUGCACUGACGAGGAUCUGCCUCCGCCACAAAGCCGUGGAAGCGCGGAUGAAGACCUUUUCAACCGCUAUGAUGGACUGUCUUGUGAUACCUCUUCAAGAAAAAUUAGAGGACUGGAAGAAGACUGUAAUCAAUUUAGACAAAGAUCAUGCCAAAGAAUAUAAAAGAGCCAAAGCAGAAUUAAAGAAAAGGUCGACGGACACGUUAAGGCUGCAGAAGAAGGCCCGCAAGGGCUGCGGGGGCGACUUGGCCAAGAGAGUGGAGAGCUGCUUGGCCGACGUGACGGAGCGGCGCCAGCUGCUGGAGGCCGCGGAGAAGCAGGCCGUGCGCGCCGCCCUCAUCGAGGAGAGGGCCAGGUUUUGUGCCUUCGCCACCUUCCUCAAGCCCGUCGUGGACGAGGAAGUGGCGAUGCUGUCGGAGAUGGGCCACCUGCAGGAGGUGGUGGAAGUCCUCGACAAGCACACUGCCGACCCGCUGGUGCUCCCCCCGGCCAGCGAGCAGGUGAUCGCCGACUUGAAAGGCUCUGAAAGUUCGUGGACAUUCCAAACCCCGCCGUCGAGUCCGUCGUCCCUGGGUUCCCGGAAAUCGUCCAUGUGCUCCAUCUCGUCCCUCAACUCCUCGAGCUCCGGCUCCACCAAGUCGCAUCAUUCCCCAUCCCACCAUUAUUGGCACAGGUCCCUCUCUCAGCGGCCGCUGCCUUCUGGUCGGAGCAGUACUUUGAGUGGCACAUUUGGCAGCGUGAGCAGGGGUAGUGUGCUGGGAGGCCCUUUACACCUCUCAAGUGUGUCAUCUCAAGACUCUGGUUUCACCUCUCAGGAUGGCUUGCAAUUAGCAAGAAGUAAUCAGACUACGAAUUUGUCAGAGCACAGUGGCGGUAGCAGCAAUGGUUCAACUCCAACUACUCCCCAUGCUCUCCUGCCCAAUCAAAACAAUACAGCAACGUGGCCCAAUCUGCAGGAAACUCUGCAGUUUGAAAGGGCCGCCUCUGCCAUCCUUAACGAGCGUCCUCAUACUAUAUCAUCAGCUUACGAACGUGGACAUCAGAGGCCUCCUUUAACAGUGUACACAUUUCAUGCACCCGACAAUAAUCUAAGUCAUUCACAGCCAGUUAGCCCUGUCUCUGGGUCUGUGUCGGGGUCAGGGUCUGGUUCCGCUGAAAGUAGUGGUGCCACUGCUGGGUCACCAGCAACGCCAGUAGCCCACAGCAGUCCCCAGCCCAUUUACGCCUCUAGGAAUGAGGUUGGCACUGGCAGUCCGCAGCCUAUUUAUGCAUCCCGCAAUGAAGUUGGCAUGCGGACUGCAAGCCCACAACCCAUUUAUGCCUCACGAGCUGAAAUCAACUCCCAGUCCAUUUACGGUUCACGAUCUGACUACAGCGGUGGAAGCCCUCAGCCCAUUUACGCUGCAUUGAAUGAUCCCAAUGGAGGUAGUCCCUCGCCCUCGCCCAAGCCCCAGGCCAUCUACGCUCGGCCACCAGUCAUUCCCCAGCGCCACUCUUCACUAGAGAGGCCUUCAGUGCCUGCCAAAGCUCCUGGCUCCACAGGUCGUGUUCCGAAUGCACUCUCUGCCAACCCUCACACUCAGCAUUUAAGAGAAAACCAAGUUCCAACGUAUGUUAAUAUGCAUGAAUUGGCAAGCAUGGCUGCAUCAAAAGCCCAGGAGAUGACCUUUUUGCCACCGCCUCCACCAGAGCUUGUGUCCAAUGCCAAUGAUACUCAUGACAAAGUUGAUGGUCCAGAGCGAGAUGGUAGUACAAGUGAAAGUUCCUUGGAGUCCAGCAGUGGAUAUGGCAGCCAAACGGCUAUUGCCAUGAUGGAUGAUGGCAACCAUUUGGAAGGAUAUGCUGUUGGUCGAGGUGGGACCCUCCUGCGCCGAGGCUCGAACCAGGGCCCGAAGCCACCGCCGCCAACUCGAAGGACCUCCUCCAUAUCCACGACCGGUCAGCAACAACAACAUCAGCAGCAGCAGCAACAGCAGCAGCAACAGCAGCCUAGUCAGACCCAACCUAGUCACCCGGGCAGCCACCCACACCACCCGCCCAUCGCCAAGACGGGCAGCAUGGAGAACCUGCCGCCACCGCCCGCGUACCUGCUGGACCCGGAGAGCCACCACCACCAGGACGACGCAUUGCUGCCGCAGGGCACCGUCAAGAAGGUGGCCUCGGAGCUCAAGGAGAAGCUGGGCAACGCGCCGGGCAACGCGACGGCCCUCAACAGCGUGAUCGCGCAGAACGCCAAGCUGAUGGCGUCCAUCAAGAAGCAGUCGGGCAACACCAACAUGAAGACCGUGAAGCUGAGCGCGCCGGGCGUGGUGGGCAUGCCGCAGCAGCAGCGGACGUCGUCGCUGGGCCGCAUGACGGCCGUGGAGGCGCUGCGCGCGGGCGCGGGCGGCUGCUUCACGGGCCCGGAGCUCAUGAGGACCUCCGCGUCGGGCAUCAGCGUGCCCGUGGCGCAGCCCAAGGGCGCCGACGACGACGGCGAGGGGCUGACGAGCGUGGCGGAUGCGGUGCGCACGCUCACGGAGCUCAAGCACCAGCCCGCCAGCCCCGUGCAGGUGCGCCGUACGCACAGCCUGCGCUCGCAGAGCGCCGAGCGUAAGGCGCUCCACGGCGAGGCCCCCGCCGGGGUCGGCGGCGUCGGCUCCAACUUCAUCGCGGCGCUCAGCGCCAAGCUGGGGCCCACGCUGAGCCCGCGCCACUCGCGGCGCCACUCCGAGGACUUCCAGCCGCUCGGUGGCGCCACCGGGUCGCCGCGCAUGGGCAGCAUGGGCAGCAUGGGGCACAGCCUCCGCGAGUCGCUGAGCGCCAGGCUGUCUCACCAGCAGCAGGUGCAGGUGCAGCAGAAGCAGGAGCAGAAGGCCAGCCGCGUGCGGCAGUGGAUCAACAUGCGGACGGCGCCUGACCCCGCCACCUGUCAUGAUUCCCUCAUGGAUCAGAUCAAGCGUGGCAAGCCGUUGAAGAAGACGGGUGGAGUUAAUGACCGAUCGGCGCCCAGGAUCCUCUGAGCACAUAUCCUAUCCGUCCCAGAUCCUGAUCAUUGAUCUCAUUAUCCAUCAUCCCAUCGUCUCUAGUUAGCGUUGCUGCCACAUGCAACGUGCGAUUCCUUAUUGUGGGUUUGUUGCAAAUAUUUAUUUAUUUUACAAUAAAUGAGUCUUUAUUUAUGUUCUGUGUUAUGUCUGACUAAAAUGUUGUUAUAUCAGGUUUAUGUAGCAUUGAGUAUAUUUUGCUUCUUGCUAAGGCAAUCUCUUAUGUAAAUAUCAGUUUUGUGUUCAAUAGUUUCAAAUGGGUGAGAUUCUGAGGAGCCAGCAAUAUUUGUGUGGCAUUUCUUUUUACUGCUAACUGUCAGACUUUAUUUUAUUUUUUAUGAGGGCAUUUCAUAUCUACUGUUCGAAACCUCAUAUCACCCACUGCCCUUGUUCUGUCAAUAAGUGAAUAAAUAAUGUAUAUAAUGUAACCAGUUAGUUUAGAAAGCCAAAGAUUGUUGUUCAUCUAGCCAGUGUGUGAUCGUCGACCCCGCCCUGUCCUCCUUGAGCAGAAAAGGUGACAAUUGAGCUUUACUCUUGCUUCCAGGGGCUCGGCUGUGUUGAACGUAAUGUUUGUUCCUUAUAUAAUCUGCAAUUAUUUGACUUUGUAAUGUGUUAAGAAUAUGACCCAUGCCUUAUGAGGUCCUGAAAGUCUGACUAGUGAUAGCCUGUGUUGACUUCUGCCCACCUUUCUGACAGUGUCACCAUCAUUAUAUCACACCAUUUUGGAAUGAUUGUUGGUUGUUUACUAUUUCUAUAAGUGAGGUGAAAAUUUUGUUUGACACUGUCUCCUUGUUUCCUCCUGCAACCCUCUAGGUUCUUGAUUGAAAAUAUGACUGCAGGAUAUUUUUGCACAUUUUGUAAUUAAAAAUGUACUUGGUGGGCAAGAUGGUCGCCCACAGGCAUGAGGGAAGUACAAAUGCUCCUUUGUAUGUUGGAGUUGAAUAUGUAACUGUAGGUUAAUGUUAAUAUAGUUUUGUAUGUUUCUUUUGUGUUAGAGGGGGUAGGGGGGGCAAUCAAUUGAAAAUGGGUUCCAGUGGAUGAAGAGCCGGCUAUUUAUUGACUGUAUCUUCUUUACAAACUAAAGUCAUGAAGAUGUUGCAAGAAAUUGUGUAUGUGUAUUAUUAUUUUUCCAUCUUCCCAUCAUUCUUGUGUUUUGUUUCAACAGCACUAUGCUGCUAUCUCGUUAGCUUUAUGUAUAAUGUUCAUCACAUAUCCUCUCCCUUUAUUUUCCCUGUAAGCCUUUUUUGGGAAUGUCUGAUUGUAUGACAGCAGUAAUCAAUAAAGAUGUUAAGCAGUUGACUUA